UUAGUUUGGCGGUUGGGAGCUUCCGUCCCUCUGAUUUUGCCGCGAUAUGCUAGCCAUUGUUGCUCUCCUACAACUCCGUUCCUCUUUCAACAUCUUUCUCUCUCAUUUUUUCAGCGUUUUUUCGUUCGAUUGUAAGCUCGCAGAAUCGGAAACAGUUGGAUUAGGGGAGCGAGGGAAUUUUUUUUUUCGACGUGGUCUAUUUGAAGAUUUCUAGAAGAAUGGAGAAGAUAGCUUAAAAGGCCUGAAAAUGUUCAUAUGUUGAACGGCUUAAGUUUUUGAGGUCAUGGCUAGGAAAGUACAUGACACUUUAAGCCAACAAUUAUACAUGGAACGACCAAGAGUUGUUACGGAUGUCCGAAUUACUGCAGAUCAUGGUGUGAGUGAUGUUUGUGUACAGACGGGUGAGGUAUUUUCUCCCCAGUUUGUGAGGGAUCGAGCUGCUUUAAGAAGGUUGUCGGAUGUGAGUGAUGGAGAUCAACAACAGCAGCCGCAAAAGAGAACAGGUCUUGCUUUAAAUCCGAGCAGCCAACUCGUAUAUGAGGAUCUCAGUGGAAUUCUUGGACUCAAGAGGAUGAAUUCUGAAAGCAGUUCAGAAUUAUCAUCAAUGCCCGCGAAUGCUUAUGCAGCUGAAAGGGAUAACAAGGUUUAUCCUAACAACACAAGCAAAUAUCAGUGGGAAUAUAGUGCUACUGGACAAGCAUCUGGUGCAUAUGCUGAUGAAAUUAACCGAGGAGUUCAAUUUGACCCCUCAACACUGGCCUUGCAUGCAAUGGAAUCACCUCAUUCAUGUUAUCCUUGUGGGGCUGGAUUGGGAGAUUUCCCUGUCACUGGCAAGAUGAAAUUUCUCUGUAGUUUUGGAGGUAGAAUAUUACCAAGGCCUAAUGAUGGGAAGCUUAGAUAUGUAGGUGGAGAAACACGCAUUAUAUCCAUUAGGAAAAACAUCUCGUGUGAACAACUUAUCAGAAAGACAUACGCUGUCUGUAAGUAUGUCCACACUAUAAAGUACCAGCUUCCUGGUGAAGAUCUCGAUUCACUUAUCUCUGUUUGUUCUGAUGAGGAUCUUCAUCAUAUGAUUGAGGAAUAUCAUGAGCUGGAAAGCGCAGGGAGUUCUCAAAGACUCAGAAUAAUUCUUGUUUCUACAAAUGAUUGUUGUGAGAGUCCUACUUCUAUUGAAGGAAGGGUGGUUCAACCAAUUGAUGUUGAUUAUCAAUAUGUUGCGGCUGUAAAUGGUAUGCUAGACCCAAGUCUUCAAAGGAGCUCUAGUGGACAGAGUUUCACAAGCCAGACUAGCCAGGUGGGAACCAUCUCAGAUCCUAGUCCCAAUUUUUGCACUGUUUCUUCACAUGCUACAGACUUAAAAGAUGCCAAUUCACCUAUACCAAAUUUGGCAGGAAUGUUUCCUAGACCUGGUGGUCAAUUGUUAAUACCCAUUCAAACCCCACGCAAGUCACUUAAUCAAACACCUAUAUUUUCUCCGGUUACAGUAAUCCAAAAAGAUUUUAAGAACGUGGAUCCAACAUACGCAGAAGAUGCUAGAAACUUCACUCCAUUUGUUGCAGAAAAACGUCCAUGUGAUACGGUUUAUUAUGUUGAUGCAAUGGGCCGUCACAAUAACCUUUACCAUGGUUCUCCGCUGAUGAAUUAUCAUCAUGACAAAUCUACAGUGGAAGCUGAUGAGAAAUACAAAGCUCAUGAUGUUCAUUUCCCACAAAGCUCCAGCGAACAUUUUGUGCCUGCAACUUACUGGGAUCAAAGUGAUACACAUUCAAUCAAAACUCUGCUCAAGGAACGGGCAGUUAAUUAUGAACAGCUGUACUUGGAUGCCGAAUAUUUGAUGCAGUUAAGAUCUGGAACCACCCACAUGAGACAAACAAUGAUGCAUUCACAUUCUGAGCCCCUACUAAAGGAACAGGAUCAAAAGUUGAAACAUGGAGGAGCCUAUCCACUGAACUCAUUCAAUGAUAGUGAUCAAUUAUAUUCAAUGGCAAUAUCAAGUUCCUUUCAGGAUUUCCAAACGAUAUGGAAACAGAGAGUUGGCGGGGAAUUUCAAGAUGCCAAGUAUGAGAAACAUGGAACGUUGGCGUCUGGUAGUGAGAAUGAAGGAUAUGAAGAAUGCAAUUUUGAUGAAAAAAAGGUUAAUUUCAAUGGAAGGAUUUAUGUCCCAUCACUUAAUGGUGAUGAAAAAUACAAAUACUUGCAACAUGUUGACUACCAACAAAAUGGUUACCCCCCGCUAGAGGCACGAAGCCUUGGAGGCAGAACUUCUGCAGAACGAGGGUUUGAAUUAGAAAAAUCUACAGAUGUCGUGGAUGGCCCCUCCCUCAUUUACCAUUUAGAAACAACUGUUCCAAAAGUUUUCGAGGAGAGACAAUAUUCUGUCGAGGAUCAACGAACCACUUCUGAUAUAGUAAGGAGCCAACCAUUUUCUUGCGCAUCUUCUGAUCUACUACCUCUUACAACUCAAGCUUUGUGCGACAGAAAGAUCAUAAAUCAGGAACCAACAUGGGAUAGUUCUGCUUUAGGUAGAGAUGUUUCUCUAAGCGAUGAGAACUUCGUAACCUGUAAUUACCGUAAGGUUGCCGACCAUAGUAGAAAAAAGAGCAACCUUGAUGAUUCUCUAUUUAUCAAAUCAUCAAAUUCAGAUGAUUUUCAUAGCAAUGAGGACGUGGGAUUAGCUGUAAUAGUUGAAGAUGUAACUCAUAGUAUACCUCCCGACAUACCCUUAGCUUCUGGAGUUAUCCCACGGGUUGAAAAUGAGGCCAGUGAUGACUCUCCAUCUUCAAGAGGACAUGAUGCUCAUAUUCCUAGUACGGAAACUGACCAUGAGGAUGCAGACAGUAUUCUUAGUUCUAGGGAUGAAUCAAUGAGCGAGGCAGCAAUAGCUGAAAUUGAAGCCGGCAUCUAUGGCCUGCAGAUCAUAAAGAAUGAAGAUCUCGAGGAACUGCAAGAAUUAGGAUCUGGGACGUUUGGCACAGUUUUUCAUGGAAAAUGGAGGGGAACGGAUGUUGCUAUUAAGAGAAUAAAAAAGAGUUGCUUCUCAGGAAGUUUUUCUGAGCAAGAAAGACUGACUAGAGAUUUCUGGAGAGAAGCAAGGAUUCUAUCGACUCUUCACCAUCCGAACGUGUUGGCUUUUUAUGGAGUGGUUCCUGAUGGACCUGAUGGAACGUUGGCAACUGUAACGGAGUAUAUGGUAAACGGGUCAUUAAGGCAUGUUCUUUUAAGAAAGGAUAGAGUGCUUGAUCGUCGGAAAAGGCUUAUGAUUGCAAUGGAUGCAGCUUUUGGCAUGGAAUAUUUGCAUUUGAAAAACAUUGUUCAUUUUGAUCUGAAGUGUGAUAAUUUGUUGGUCAACUUGAGGGAUCCUGAACGACCCAUAUGCAAGGUUGGAGAUUUUGGGUUGUCGAGAAUUAAGCGCAACACACUUGUUUCUGGAGGUGUGCGUGGAACUCUUCCAUGGAUGGCACCAGAAUUGUUAGAUAGUGGCAGUUCUAAGGUCUCUGAGAAGGUUGAUGUUUUCUCAUUCGGUAUUGCAAUGUGGGAGAUUUUGACUGGCGAGGAGCCAUAUGCCAACAUGCAUUGUGGUGCCAUCAUUGGUGGAAUUGUAAGUAAUACUCUUAGACCACCGAUCCCAAAACGUUGCGAUACCGAAUGGAAAAAGCUAAUGGAAGAUUGUUGGUCACCUGAACCUGCAGCGAGGCCAUCGUUCACCGAGAUAACGAAUAGACUUCGCAGCAUGUCGAUAGCGCUCCAGAUCAGAAAGAGGCCAAAUGUAGGUAGUAGAUGAAACAUGUAAGUCACCAUUCUUGUGAAUUGGAAAAGGAGAAAAGAAAGAAAGAACUCAAGCGUGAGCUUAAGCUAUUGUAUGUAAUUAAUUAACUGGCUUGCUCAAUCAGCUGAAACAAGCCAAAGAUCCGCUGAUAUCCAAAAAUCUGUAGAUAUUGUUAACUUUAAUGCUAAAAUUUCUUAUUGCUGCAUAAU